UCCGCGGUGGGGAAUGUGCGCCUCCUGCAACGUUAAGGUUCGUAAUUGCUUGGGUGUCACUUCUGUCAUUCUGAGACGGUUCCUGAGUUUGGGGGUGACCAUGGCAAAGAGCAAGUUCGAAUACGUGCGGGAUUUCGAGGCCGACGACACCUGCCUGGCCCACUGCUGGGUGGUAGUGCGCCUGGAUGGCAGGAAUUUCCAUCGGUUUGCUGAGAAGCACAACUUUGCAAAACCUAAUGACAGUCGUGCCCUUCAUCUGAUGACUAAAUGUGCCCAGACAGUAAUGGAAGAACUGGAUGAUAUUGUGAUUGCAUAUGGACAGAGUGAUGAGUACAGUUUUGUGUUCAAGCGGAAGAGUAAUUGGUUUAAAAGAAGAGCCAGUAAGUUCAUGACUCAUGUGGCCUCCCAGUUCGCCUCCAGCUAUGUGUUUUAUUGGCGGUAUUACUUUGAGGACCAGCCUCUUCUGUAUCCCCCAGGCUUUGAUGGAAGAGUUGUGUUGUAUCCUACUAACCAGACCUUAAAGGACUACCUCAGCUGGCGGCAAGCAGACUGUCACAUCAAUAAUCUUUAUAAUACAGUUUUCUGGGCACUCAUACAGAAAUCUGGACUAACACCAAUACAAGCCCAAGGAAGACUACAGGGAACUCUUGCAGCAGACAAGAAUGAGAUUUUGUUUUCAGAAUUCAACGUCAACUACAAUCACGAGCCCCUGAUGUAUAGGAAAGGGACUGUGUUGAUAUGGCAGAAGGUGGAUGAAGUCACGACAAAAGAAGUUAAGCUGCCAGCAGAAAUGGAAGGAAGAAAGAUGGCAGUGACCCGGACCAGGACCAAGCCAGUGCCUUUUCACUGCGAUAUCAUUGGAGAUGCUUUCUGGAAGAAACAUCCAGAGAUCCUUGAUGAAGACAGUUGACCGCAUGCCUUUUGAUCCUGGUGUGCCUAACCCUGCAAGGCCCCCUAGUCUCUGCCUCAUGUGGCCUUAGCAUCCCUGCCACCCAGGAAAGAGUGCUGGGAGGGACAGGAUUUGCUUUGGAAGGGAACUUGGAGGAAAGGGAUGACGGGGGCGGUGGAUCUUGUUCUGCUCUAAGCAGAACACCUUUUUGCACUGCUGGAACAUAGUUCCUUCAGUAGAAGUGCAUUUUUUAAAAAAAAUUGUGGUACUAUAUUUAUAAAGCAUGAACUAUUUUAUGC